UAUUGUUCAAUGGCGCUUGUAGGAAGCUAUAAUAACCACGGUGUCUGUGAUGUUCUUUGGGCAAUAUUAUUCCUUCUUUCUUUUACAUCCACUGCUACUAAUUCAAAUUGGCUCAACCAUGGUGGAGAUAUAUAUAACAGAAGGUAUGCCAAGGAUGAAACAAAGAUAAGCCCUAGAACGGUUUCGAAACUGAGGUUGAAAUGGAAAUUCUAUGCCGGAAAAGAUAUAACGGCGACACCAGCGAUAUACGACAAGACCCUUUAUUUUCCCAGUUGGAAUGGAUAUAUAUAUGCUGUGAAGGCUGAUGAUGGGUCUCUAGUGUGGGAGAAGAACUUGGAGAAGCUUACUGGACUUAAAGGAACAGGAUUGAUCUAUGGAGUUAAUGUGACUGUGUCAAGAUCUACACCUACUGUUGCUGGAGACAUUAUAAUGUUUGGAAUUUAUGGUCCUGCGGUUGUUAUUGCAGUGGAAAGAGAUACUGGGAAUCUUGUUUGGUUGAGUCAGCUAGACAGACAUAACGCUUCUCUUGUUACCAUGUCUGGAACUGCCUACAAGGGAAACUUUUAUGUGGGAACAUCAUCGGCAGAGGAAACGGUAAGUGCAGACGAAUGUUGCACUUUCCGUGGUAGCAUGGCCAAGCUAGACAUCUCAACAGGGAAAAUAUUAUGGCAAACCUUCACUCUUCCAGAUAACAAUGGUCAACAAGGAGGAUAUGCAGGUGGUGCUAUUUGGGGAAGUAGCCCCUCCAUUGAUGCUACUCGAGGUCUUGUUUAUGUUGGCACUGGAAACCUCUACUCUGCUCCUUCUUAUGUUCUUGAGUGCCAGAACAAUUCUAGUAGUGAUCAGGUUAACACAGCUUCUGUUGUUGAUGAAUGUAUUGAACCCGAUAAUCACGAAAAUUCGAUCUUGGCUUUUGACAUGAAUGAGGGAAACAUCAAAUGGUAUAAACAGUUAGGUGGUUAUGAUUUAUGGUAUUCUGCUUGCAGUAGUAAUCCUGAUACUCCUAAUUGCACUUCUGGUUCAAACCCAGAUGCUGAUUUUGGUGAAGCACCUAUGAUGCUUAGUAUAGUUGUUAAUGAAACCAAGCUUGAUAUUGUAACCGCAGUUCAAAAAAGUGGAAUUGCAUGGGCACUGGACCGGGAUUCCGGCGACAUUAUCUGGUCUACGGUAGCUGGCCCUGGUGGAGUCAUGGGAGGAGGGAUCUCAGGAGCUGCAACAGAUGGUUUAAGAGUCUACACAAAUAUUGCUAACAGCAAACAUGAAAACUUCACACUUACACCAUCAAGCAAGACCACAACAGCAGGUGGAUGGGUGGCUAUGGAAGCGAACACCGGAGAAGUCCUUUGGUCGACGGCAAACCCAACCAAUGCCACUGCUAACGGGCCGGUAACUGUCGCGAAUGGCGUGCUAUUUGCUGGUUCAACAAAUCAAGAAGGAAACAUAUAUGCAAUGAGUGCAGAGAAAGGAAAGAUAUUGUGGUCUUAUGAAACAGGAGCAACAGUAUAUGGAGGCAUUUUGGUAAGCCAUGGUUGCAUUUACUUGGGGAAUGGCUUUAAUGUGACGCUUGCAGCACUUUUAUUGAAGUCUACCCCUGGAACUUCUCUCUUUGCCUUUUGCCUUGAUGAUUGAUCAUUUUCCUUUCCUGGAUCUUCCAUUGUGGUGGAAAGGAAAUAAAGAUAUAAAAUGUGAUAAAAUGGCAUUGUUGUAGUAGUAAUUAACAAAAAAUAUAUAUACCAACAAAUUAUAAUUAAAUUGUAAUUAUCUACGUCAAGAAAAUGAAAUUAUCAAAUUUUUUUUUUU